CACACAGGUUUACAGACGGCACAGUUCAACAGUAAGCUGCCAGUGCAAGAAUUAAGAUCUCUGUGAGUUUUAUGCUGUUGUUGCUGCUCGGCUCCGUCUCCCCAAGUUAAAGUGUUGAUUGUCAGCAGACUGAGAGAUAUGACUGAACUAAAGGCUCCAGACAUCUACGUUGCGCUGAGAGAGCUGACCGCCUCGUUGGUUCAACUGAAAGCUGACAUGGCUACAGGUCAAGCACAGCUGAAGGCUGAAGUGGACAAGCAGAAGCAACAACUGCAAGUCCGACAGGUUGCAUUCUCAGCCUCUCUGCUGGCUGGAGGCCAAUUAGCAACUACUGGACCAUUUCCCAAGGACACUACCCUGAUCUACAAAAACAUUAUCACCAACAUCGGAAAUGCCUACAACCCAAACACAGGUGUGUUCACUGCUCCGCUGAAAGGAGCGUACCACUUUGAGUGGACGGUCGGUGCACGUGGAGACAACGGUGCCCACUCUUCAGCUGCUGGCUUGGUCAAGAACUCAGAACACAUUUUCAUGGCAUGGGAUGAGCAAGAGACUAAACAUUUCGGGACUGCUUCUAAUGGUGUCACACUGUUGCUGGAGGUGGGAGAUGUUGUGUUUUUGCGUCUGGUGGCUAACACUAUGGCGGAUGACAACGCAUAUCACCUCACCACCUUCAGUGGAAAUCUGCUGUUCCCCAUGUAAGACAGAAACAGCAGCUCUGUGGUAGUCACACAGGUUUUUGUUGUCUUAAACAAGUCUUCAUAGAACUUCAUAGAUUUUCUUUGAUUUUCAUCUGCAUCCAAACAAUGAUAAGUAGUAAUUGUCGACAGGAAUCUUUUUUCCUUCAAAUAUAACAUGUAAUAAUGUUUCUGAUUUUCUCUUGUCUCUGUUAUUUUAAUCAAAUAAUAAAAAUAUAUCAUUGCAAUUA